AAUGAAGAGAUCAAAUAAAGAUUUAAAGAAGCCAUUAAAGCAGUCAGCAGAGAACCAGAUAUUUAAUCAGUUGUGGAUUAACUCAUGUUACCAGCAAACACUCCUUCCUUUUGCCCCAUGGCACAAGCUGGAAGAAGAAAUUUCCCACAACCUGGCACAGAAAGUAGAAAAACAAUUCAACCACCCUCAAAGGAAGGAAAUGCUGAUGGAAGUCUUAGGAAAACAUUUUUCAGAAAAAUAUCUGUCACAUGUUCAGCGUAAUCCAGAAUUACUGGAACCAAACCACCUGCCAACGGAUGAGAAAAAUCGUUUGAGAAUUGAUGCUCAGAACUGGUUGAAUAGCCAGAUGUACAAAGCUGUGAAAGAGACAGGGCACGGCUACUUGCUGACAGGGAUCAAGCCAGGUGAACCACCUCCUACUGGACAUUAUGCAGAGUUUUUGCAAGACACUUUUUCCAUCUUCACCACUGGGUUGGAUAGGGAACUGUAUCUACAAGAAAAGAAAUUACUGAAGGUGAAGGCCAGUGAGAUGAAAAUCCUGACCAAUGAGAAGAAGCCAGAUAUUUACAAGAUCCCAGCACCAAGUAGACUGAAACAGUUUGGUGCAGCAGAUUUGGGGAUGACCAAAUCUGUACCAAAACCUUCCACAGGACAAAUCAAAGCCAUGCUUCACACUGUGGAGGGUGAUCCACCACCCCUAUGGGGCCCACAAAGUGACACAAUAGGGACCGCUAUUGUUUCCCUGCUGCAACGAGAUCCUCGCAAGUUUGAGGUUGUUGCUGGCCGCUUGCAUGGCCGGCAAUUACCUGGCACCCUCAGGUCUUACAUGUGGGCUGAUGUUCUGUUUAAAGCAGAGAGGAAAAAAAUGAAAGAAGUAUACAUUGAGAAACUGGUACGAGAAAGGUUUGCUGUAGCUGUGACUCGAGGACUGACAGACUUGAGGAUAAAAAAACCUACUCAGUCUCCUAUCAAUGGGUUGAUACAGAAUGCUGUUGUUGAGACGUAUGGCAAAACUACUAGUAUGAUCUCAUACAAGCAUAUGGAGCACAUGAAGGAAUCCAUCAGAGCACUGAAUGUGUUGUAUGUCUAUGACAGGAGCUAUGAGCCCUAUCUAGUCCACUGGCUGUUUCCUAUACAGCUAGCCUUCAGGAACAAGGAAGCCAUGUCUGAUGAUAAAGGAGAACAUGUGUUAGAGUUGGCGAUGUACCUGGACAUGCUCAACUCCAACUGUUUCCCAACCUGGCCCCAUGUCUUUGCCAUGGCGGAGCAAGUCAUGAUGAGGCUACAGCGGGACGACCCACAUUUGCAUGAUCACCUGCGACGGAUUGCCCCUAUAAAUGCUCAAGUAAACCCAAAGGAGUUUCUGGUGCAGCUUCUGCACCAAGAGAGGGAAAAAGCUGAUGCACUGUUACAGCAGUCUUCAUCAACAACCCCCAGAGCUCCGACAUCUGACACACAGUUUCUGGCAGAUCCCACCAUCUUCUUGAGGAGGUGGAUUGGGGAGGGUUUUGUGAGUGUGUUGGAUGCCCCAGGAGUAAUGUACAUCUGGGAUCAGCUGUUUAUGCAGAACUGGACGCAAACAGCAAUCAUUAAUGUCUGCCUUAGUUUGAUGCAACUGCUGAGGCAUAGGUUCAUGGAAGCCUAUGAUUACAUUACAAUGAAAGAAGUGUUUCUAAUGGAACCAUGCAAGCUGUACACAGUUGAUUUCCAACAGGCUUGGAUACAUGUGGAGAACUGCAAAGACUUGCUAGAGAUAAAUGGAUUUAACAGACAGAGACCUGUGUCUGAUAGUUCUGGCAUGAGCGCUGCCUUGUCAGACAGGGAUUCACCAGAUCUAGGCCUGCUUAAGCCUUGUGGUAUCAAAAACAUGAGGACAAGGCUAACUGUUCCUUCAAACUCCAUUCUAAAAGAUUCCUGGCUGUCUGAAAUGAAACCAGAAGACUUCCAGUUGAAUGUGGGAGUGUAUUUUGGCAGUGUCAAGCUGCGGUCUCGUUUGUCUCACAGUCUCUCUGUGGUCACAGCAAAAAGCAAAGACAACUACGGAACCUUGGUCAUGGACUUGGAGUUUCCUGGUGAACGCUACAUCUAUGACAUGCUUGAUUUGUCACAGUAUGACGUGGAGAGGGAGCUUGGAGCUUACCCAUAUGCCAUUAUUAGGUUAGAGAGGUUGAAGUUCACAAGUGGAAGAAAGUCAGGUCCUGUAUGUCUGGGCUGGUGUAGAAUUCCAUUGUAUGGUCAAGUGAAUCAUCGUAACAGCCAGACCUUCACCCUGAUAGAGGGUGAUGUGACCGUGGCCCUACAUCCUGGUGAAAUACCUGAGAGCCUAAUAUCAACACAACCCCAAACACCCACUGAGGAAGAUAGGGUCGAAGGUAACUUACUUGGCUACAACUGCACCUUUUCCGCUCAUGUGUUUGACCCAAACAAUGAGCCUACCAACCGUAGAGUUAAACCACUGAAAGCAGAACCUGCCAUUCCACCUGCGGUUCCACCCAUGGAUACCAGAGCUGCAAAACCCACACCUAAAGCUCCCCCAGUUAGACGUGAACCAUCCCCACCCCCACUCCCAACACCCCAGGCAGCCGCCAAGCCAAGCCCACCACUUGAAGAUCCCUGGGUCUCUUUUAAACCCGUCGCUGCCAAGGCUGAUCCAAAACCAACAACCAACCGGGACCCAUUCGUUCUCUAUAUUGAUUCAGUCAAGUACCUGCCUGAUAGUGCUACGAUAGUCAAGGUUACUGGCAGGAUUCUCCGUGCUGGAACUAUAACAAAUCUGCAGGAUAUUCUAGCCAUCCCAGAACUUAGUAGCUCUGCCAGAUCACCAGCUUUCAACUUCAGGAUGGUGGUCAAUGAAGGGAGGCAAUUAGCUGAUCCAGAGUUGCUGCUCUUCCUUAGAGUGUACACCUUUGAUGUUGAAACCAAGAGGGUUGUAGUCAUUGGCAGCUCUCUUGUCCGUGUGUUCAACCCUGGCAGGAAAAAGGAUGAGGGUUUGCUUUGUGUAGGUGGCCACCAGCUCCGCCUCCACAGUGGCAUGCCCAACAUGAAAGAUGGCCUCAACCAGAUCAGUGCUAAUGAUUUGGAUGGAAACCCUGUUGUACCCGGCUGUUCACUGCUGGUCAGACUUUUGCCUUACACUCAGGACCCAGUACCAGCACCCAAGUAUUCGUCAGGCUAUUACAAAUCUGAGACGAGUAAACCAACAGCGUCAGAGUCCAGACUUUACACCAGCUACUCCCUGGACAAGCAGACCCACCCCAAGACAGAGAAGGACAUGAUCCUAAGACUACAGCAGUUUGAGAGAGCUGCAGACAUUGGUGGUUCUGAUGUAAAUCUGAGUAACUGGCUUGUGAGUAAACUUGAUAUAACAAAACAAGGAAUCAAUCAGCCUGCAGGAAAUAUGGUGCUCUACAGAUGUAUCCGCUAUCGGAUAAAAGUUGGAUUGAAAGUUGAAAUUAAGUCAGCAUUUGGGUUGCCAGAUGGCUUGUACAUUCAAUGCUUUGCUCAAGUUGUCCCUGGUAAGCAGGCCAUGACAACUCCAGAUGAAGUUUAUGGCAAGGAAGAAAAGUUUAUCACAACCAAACUGGCGCCUACAAGUUAUUUGACUGCCCCAGUAUGGGAAGAUGGACCCAAGGAACUGCAUCCUAUAUUUGAUAACUACACCUGUCUUAUCAUUCGACUCAUGGGAUUUAAAGUUUUAUACAAGCCCACAGCAGACCACAAGACUGCUGGAACUGUACACAAACCAGAUGGCACAAAAUUAGAGUUGACUGACAGUGAGCUUAUUGGUUGGGCUGUUGUUCCCAUAUUUGAAGGAAAUGCAGUGAUGUCUGGCACUCAUAUAGCACCAAUUCUGACAUUACCUUUCAAUGAAGACAUCCAAGAAACUCUGUCAACAAAAACUCCACUACAAGUGUUGAAGAAAAACAGAUGGAACAAUGCUACAAAAAUGUCUGGGGCUAAUAUUCAAGUCAACAUUUGGGAUGCUCAUUUCAGUUUUUCAGAAUUACCUGAAUUAGAGAUCCAUAAAGACCUGAUGGAGGCUGUGGGUGAAGCAGCAGAGAACAGCACCCUAGCCAGAACACACCCAGGGGGGAGGACACAGCAGGACCUGGUUCUGUCCAUGAUGGAGGAGAAGCUGCAGAAGCAAGGCUUGCAGAGCGCCACAUUGAAGAAAGAGAUAACAUUCUUUGCUGACACGAUGGCUAAAAGCUUCACCAACUUGAUGAUUGAUUACUGCUUACAGAAUGGCCUGGCUCCUUUAUAACAUUAUCUACACAUACCUGACGCAUCAUUUUUUUCCUUUUUGUGCCCAGGACACAUGGGGCAACAUCACCUGACUAGAGUUAAAUAAAUUCAAUUGCUAUCAUUGUUUACAUAUUUUUUGCUAGGAUUCAUUUUGCCAUUAUAAGAAUUAAAGAUAAGGCAAACUAUAAAAUCUUACAGAUUUUUUUGGUUAUGUUUAGCUAUUUGUUUUCUUACAGUGAAUAGUUUAAUUAUUUUUUUUUAUAUUUAAGUAAUAGAAACUGAAAAAAGGAAUAGCAUGAUUUAUUCAGCUAUAUAAAACUUUUUAAAAGUAUCUGUAGUGGCAAAUAUGGGACACAUGGUCUAGCAGUAGAGAACUAGACUGCUAACCUGAAAGUCUCAAAUUUAACUAGUAUACAGGUGUUUGCAUGUAUAUUAUCUUGCAUAGUUGCUGUUAGACUAUAGAAAAUACCAAGCUAGAUAUGUUUUCAAGUACAGAUUGAAUUAAACCAAUUAUGAGUAAAAAAAAAAAUUAUAUUUAUCUAUGAUAUUUUAUUCAUUAGGUGGCAUGUGUUAAAAAUUAUUUUUUGUUUUAUACAUCAUGUUAUCUGUAUCUUUACAUAUUGUUUAAUCAUUAAACUUGACUAUUACACACACCAAUCACACUUAUUGAUUGGUUCCUGGUUCAUCAUGGUUCAGCUUACUCAUAUUAAAAAAUGUAAUUAUUUUCUGGUAAAAACACAACCACAUAUAUCUUAGUCUUUAGAACUAAUUACUUCCCUUUUUAAUUAAUAGCUUGGGUUUUCAUUCCAUUGAACAGAUAAAUCUAUAAUUUCAGUUUAAAACUUAUUUAAUUUAAAUAGAAUAUAUUCAUGAAUUUUCAAAGAAUAUUAAUUUUUCAAUCAAAUAUUUUUCUUUUACUGAUUUAAUUAAGUUUGGAAAUUGUUUCAUACAAUAAAACUUGCUAGUAUUAAUAAAGUACAUUUGUUGUUUAGAUUUAAUAUGGAAACUAACAGGACCACCAUUUUACACAUGCUACUUUUUAUACAUUAUAAUAGGAUGGAAUAAUUGUUGAUUAAAUCACACGACUAGUUAUCAAUGGCUCCCGUGUCUGUUUACCAUUUACACCUAUUUAUUUCUGUUGUCUAUAAUGGAGUAUCAUUAAAUAUGUAUCAUGUUUUAAAAAUAUGUAUACAUGAGUUUCUAUUUUAAAAAGAAAUCCACUAUAUUAACAAUAAAACUGUUACCUGCCUCUUUGUUCAGUAUAAGACCAAAAAAGGUGUAUAUAUUUUUAGAUGUCUUAUUUUUUUGAUAAGCAGCAGUGGUCUCGGUAUCUAGGUUUAUGUCGUAGAGUGUAUCUGUAAUGUUACAGUACCUUAUUAGGUGCUUUUGGAAUAAAAAAAAAUUUAGCUCAGUAAAACAUUGCAUAUCUAGAACAUUUUUAACAUUCAUUUUUUUUUGUCAACCACUUUCUUUGUAAUUCUUUUUGUUAAAUGUGGUUUAGUUUGAAUAUGCUUGAAUUAAUUGUUUUUUUCUCAUGACCUGGUUAUUUGUUUAAAGUGAAUUAUCAGCUACAACUCAAAUAUUUAUCGAUUUCUAUUUUGUUAAGAACGGUUUAAGGAUUAAAUUAUAUUUUUUUUUGUUUUGCAAUAUUUGAAGGGUAAGCAGUUUUUUUGUAGUUUAUUUUAAACAAAUUUUUUUUAAGACUUUAGUAGGUAGUCCAUUAUAAAUCAAUGGGAAAUUUGUCUAUUUUAAAAACCAGCAAAAUAAUGCCAUACUUAAACAUACCACAUCUCAGAUUUAUAAUGUUAAGGGUUAGCUGGGUUUUUUUUUCUUCUGUAUAAUGUGGCUAAAUCAACAUCUUUUCAGUAACGUGAUUAUUUACACCAAUUUUGCAGUGUAAUAAAAGUGUUAGUUAAGUUGAAGAUUGCUAAGUUAAAACUGAGCAAAGUUUUAGGAAUGUUAAUGUUAAGUGUCUCUGAUGUGUCAGCCCAUUGUAAUUGAUGGAUAUAUAUUUCUAAGUAUUUAUUAAAACAUGAAUUUGUCUGCUUCAGGUUUUUUAAACUUUGUCAAUUUUUCUUCUAAAUUUAGUCAAAAUGAUUUUUUAAUAAAGCAAGAUUCUUUGUCUCUCUUCA